GUUUUCAUAGGUUUAAAAACCGGUAUGACGUGUCAUGUGCCAUCACCAGUGCACCGGUGGGCAGACAAGCAAGGGUGCCUGAGAGAGUGCUGACGUUACCGAAGCCGCCGAAGCGUCGUACCGUCGUCCUUUCAGUUUUUCCGCUCUCGCAUUCUACGAGCAUAUAUGUCUUCGACCGACGAGCCUGACGCAGUCGACGAACCCGUGGAUUCAAUUCAGCGCUACGAAGUCGACAAACUCGAAUCCCGGAAGUACGCUUACUUGCUAGACCUGGCACGGGAGCUCGGCUUCUUCUGCAAAGGAAACCCGAAAAAGGCCCGAGUCAUCAAGUUCAUCAGGCAGUCGGCGCUACACCCACUGCACGAAAAAGAGAAUGACCAGUCGCUCCUUGAGGUCGAGCGGGCAGUCCCCGAAGCCGCCAACUCCACAGCAGCCAUGCCGAAGCCAGCUCGGCCGAAAGCAGACGAAGUUUCGAUCUCGCCGACGCCGUCUUCCUCGCGACCGCGGCGUCACGGCUAUACGCUGAAAUUCGCCCAUAUCUACCCAGUGGCGUUUGUCAAGGCAAAGUCGACCAAGGAGUAUGGGUCUCUGAACACCAAGACACCGUCCGUCAAGUCCUGGAUUCCGAAAUCCAGCCUUCGGAGAUGGCUCCAGGCUCCGUCUCGGAUCCCAAAGCUGAAGCCAAAGUCGACCAAGGAGUACGCGUCGCAGAAGACCAAGACACCGUCCGUCAACUCCCGGAUUCCGAAAGCCAGCCUUCGGAGAGGGCUCCAGGCUCCGUCUCGGAUCCCAAAGCUGAAGCCAAAGUCGAAGCUCGCGCCGAAAGAUACCAGACGCCUGGCCGCGACAGAAAGGACAACUCUCAAGAGCAACUCGGCCACAGAUUGGCUUGCUGGUUCGGCCGUCACGGCGGCGGCGACAACCGAAUCAAGGCGGCAGAGAAACCGCGUCAUUCUGGGACAGGUGCGGUCGAACCGCCAGUUUGACCUCAUGCUCGAAAACAGAGGCAUCACCAUGUAAACAUUACCUGACUAAGAUUACGUCUGCAUCUUUAGCUUUUUUUUAAAAUAUUUUUAAAUCUUUUUAUAUCUCUUUCAAGGAUGUGAUAUGCAAGAUUGCAAAUAAAAUUUCUUGACCUCUAUACUUUGUUUCACCUUACGAUGGAUCACGGGAUGCUAGGAGCAAUCGAAUCCAAUUCCGCGUGAGUGUUCGCUGUGCUGGUUGGCUUGUAGCAUUCGCCGCGGUCCAUCGUGAGGUGAGGUAAUAUUGAUAGCUUUGUAUGUAAUCUCGAAACUGUUUCUGAGAUGUACUUUUGCUUGCGCAUAUCGUUCAUCACCAUCAAUACGCACAGUUACACCAGACGUGUCGUUGAAGCUGGGAGUGCAUCUACGAAACAAUGUUGCCAAAUGGUUCCGCGCCGUUUUUGGAAAAUGACCCACACAAGGAAAUGUGCCGCACGGACAUUGCAAAUAUUAUUUUUUCUAAAAGUACCUCCCCGUCCCUCAAAUUACGGUGUUUUUUUUCCGCUCAAGUAAACUAUGCCUCGCUGAACGCUCAUUAUCCGCCCAAAAGUAGGGGUUCGAACUAGAUUCCAAAGUUUCAGCACUCAGUCAAAAUUUAUAUCAUUUUCUGAAAUGUUAAAUUGGAAAACGGGGCUGAUUUUCGCCCAGUCUUAUGUAACUGCGGACACUCAACUUCGUGCAUUCGAGAGCCUGCGCUGGCCGCCAUUUUUCCCAUUAAAACUGCCAGAAAAAUUGCGUAACUGUUCAACAAGAGUUAGUGCUGAAACUCCGGGAUCCGAUUCGGACCGCUAGCACUACAUUCGGUUAGAGAAUGGGCGUUUGGCGACGGAUCGUUUAUUUGUGCGGUGGUAAAUUCCCUGUACAUCUUUGGAAGGACACCCUGUAUAUUGUGAUAGCCGUGCGCUAACUUCCAUUGUGUGUGUAUCUGUCUUUUAAAAUAGUAAAACAAGUUUUGGGUGUUCCGUUUUCUUUUCAAAAGUCUUUUUUUUCUUCCAACAGAAUUUUAUGAGCUGUACGAAUUUGUGUUUCCCCUCUACUCAGCACAAAUUCUUUUUGUUGGAGCUUGUCCAAGUCUUGCAAUCGUGUAAUAGUCGUAACCUAUAGCAUUUUAGUAAGAGAUUGUAAAUACACCAAUGACCGAGCA